AAGAACUUCGCAAGAAGGGGACAUUUUGGGUAAUUAAAAACCCUAGAGGCUAUUUGCCGAAAAAACCCUAAAAGGCUAGAGCUAUAAAAACUUCCUUUAAGCCUUCCUUCUAAGCUCUUUCUGUGUGGGUAGUCUCGCCGGUCCAAAAUGUCGAAGCGAGGUCGCGGAGGAUCGGCCGGAAACAAGUUCCGAAUGUCUCUGGGUCUUCCGGUGGCGGCGACUGUGAAUUGCGCCGACAACACCGGAGCGAAAAAUCUCUACAUCAUAUCAGUGAAGGGGAUCAAGGGUCGUCUCAACAGAUUGCCCUCUGCUUGUGUUGGUGACAUGGUGAUGGCCACCGUCAAGAAAGGUAAGCCCGAUCUCAGGAAGAAGGUCAUGCCUGCUGUCAUUGUCAGGCAGCGCAAACCUUGGCGCCGAAAGGAUGGUGUCUUCAUGUACUUUGAAGAUAAUGCUGGAGUUAUAGUGAAUCCCAAGGGAGAAAUGAAAGGAUCUGCUAUUACUGGUCCGAUUGGAAAGGAGUGUGCAGAUCUGUGGCCUAGGAUUGCUAGUGCCGCCAAUGCCAUCGUUUAAGAGUCUACACUCAGCUUUAAUUUGCAAAAAUGGAUAUAAUGACACUAUCAAAUUUUGUUUCGUUUUCGAUUGGUCAUCAUAGUAGCUGUAGGGUUCUGGUUUACUUGUAUACUUUUUAUUUUGUUAUAUCUUUGAUGUCAUCGUGUACUGGGUUGCUGUGAUGUUCCGUUUAGGUUUUUGAAUGAGAGAAUAUUUAGUAACAAA